UCGAGUUAAAUACUUGAAUGUAGCGUUUCUCAUAUUUGGUUUUGUUUUCGAAUAGUUAUUCUUCUUUUUCUACAGUUUGUGUAUCUACCAGCGUUGAGUUUUUAAAAUAUUCAUAUAUUUAAUAUGUACACGCACUUUCCGUUCUAUGAGCUGAAUGACAUGAUAUGUAUAUUCUAUUUGAAAUUGUAAUCAAUUGAGAUAAAAUAAUGUCCCAGUAAAAUGGUGAAAAUGUAUUGAGGGCAGUGAUGCUUUUGGAAAUCCACAAGAAGCUAUCUCCAGCAGCUUUGUUUAAUUUUCCUUCACUUGUGCACUUUCUCAGAUACUAAACGGGUUAAAUAUAUAAAUGUUAAUGCAAGAUAAACUAUGUGGCGUAUUAUGCGUACUACCUUCUGAGCACCAUGAAAGUCGACUACGACCGUUUUCGUACCUACUGCGUUGUCGUUAGCCACCCAAAAAUAUUAUUUAAGUAAUUCAAUUUAAUAUGAAUACCGCAGAACACAGACACAUACUGACAUGAUAGUCGAGUCAAUAUUGAACUUUAAUUAACAAAGCGCAUCCCUAAUGUGUAAAUUGGUGAGAAUCGCGAGGACUUGAAUGCUUAAAUUGUGAUUUUAGUUUUGUGAAUGACUGAUCCCGAACAGUGAAUAGAGACAAUUUUUUAAAACAACAUUUACACCUAUUUCAAAGUUUUAAUAAAUUUAUUGAAAUGGGUGACAACGAAAAAGAAGAAGCAGCUAAUUUAAAAGAAGAGUUUGAAUGGGUUCUUCGUGAAGAGGUUCAUGCUAUAUUACACCAAUUACACACAGUUUUAGUUGAAUGUGCUCACAGGUUUCCUGUACCAUUGUAUGGUAAUGAAGGCCAAAAACAGGAUAAAUUUAUUUUGACAUCACAACCUGAGCAGUUAAAGUGUAUUGUGACCCUCACAGGAGAUAGCAUAACUCAUGCAGAUAUUAGUUUCAAGGUCCUCCGUCAAAUGCACACAAUAUGCCGUACCUCAAUCAAUCAAGAUGGACCAUGGAAACUUCAGCAGAUACAAGAUGCUGCAAACCAUCUCCAACAAGCUAUAGGCUAUAUUGAUAAUGUGGACAAACAUUAUGUUUUUCGAUCAUCAGAAGAAGUAUUACAUAUAAUUCAAUGUCUUAUUGGCUCUUUACAAAGAGCUCGGACUGCCUUAGUAUUACCCAAAAAAAAAGCAAUUGAUGAGCUCAUGAAGAGUCGAAAUAUGAAAGCUCUUUCACCAAAUUUGCCUGAAGAUUUAGCGAUAUCAUUUUACAUACAAUCUCAUAAAUUGAUAUUUGUGGCGUACCAUAUUAGUUUUGUACAUGGUACCAUGAGGAUUGAUUCAUGUCAAGCCGACUGUGCAGUGCCUUGGCUAAGUGAUGUACUAUUUAUGCUGACAGCUGCAUUACACAUGUGUCAGCAAUUAAAAGAUAAGUUAUGUGUUUUCUCGCAAUACAAAGACUUCACAGUGGGAUCAAGAUCUGCCUCGAUGGUGUUUAACUGAAGGUUAAUGUAUCCCCUACCGUCGGGUAUUACCAUAUAAAAAACAAAAAAUAUAUUAACGUAAGUGUAUUUAUUUAGUUAUAGUUAUCCAAGUCCAUUGUUGAUAUUCUUGUUGAGUAUGUUGUAAUAUAAUGUAAAUUAUUAAACUUUAAUCAUAUUUAAUAGGAGAAUUUAACUUUGUAGCACUUAUUUUAUGUGAUAUGGAGAGAUCAGUUCCGUAAUAUUUAUCGGCAUUGAUCAAUCCUCUUACAGUAUUGCCAGAUUGUGUAAGAAGUUCAUAACAAGGCUUUGUUACUUCAUGAAUAAUAUAUAAAGGAAUUGAAUUUUAUGAAUUUCGAAAUUUGAAGGCAAUAAAAUAGUAUAUUAAUAACUUUGCAUUAGGCGUUGUUAAAAGCCAAUAAGUAGAGAUAUUUCAAGCGAACUUUAAUAAAUGCUUAAUUUUAAAAUUUUAAUAACACGGAGGCUAUACUUCAAACUUAAUAUUUAAAUAAUAAAAUAUAUUAUUUUUUAAUGAAUAUAGUUGCACUACUUAGAUCUGAAAGUAUAUUACGUAGACCAAUAAGUACAUAAAAUUUAACUGAGAAACGAAGAAGCUUCGAAGUUUAUGUAAUCAAAGCACAUUAGUGACACUUAAGAAAACUUUAAAUCACACUGUAUGUUCAUAUCUAUGUAUGCGCGUCGAGUUUGUUUUUAAUUGCUUCUGUUAUCAAUAUAUUGUCAAAAUUCAUUUAUAUUAUCAGAAAUAGUUUUGGUUAUUUACUGUAGUUAUAUAUAUUAAUCCAGACUUUUAAAAAAUUUAUGUAUUACUAUUAUAGACUAUUUUACUGUGAAGCUUAUUAUCGCAUUCUACAAAGCAAAAGAUCUAAUCAUUAAAUGAAAUCAGACAAAUAAAUGUUCACUUAAAACAUUGCUUAUGGUUCUGCACGAAAACAUUUGUAUUAAAUUAAAAUUAAAAAAUUGUUAUUUAAAAGGAAUUCGUGAUAACAAUUCCUCAGUAUUCUUUGUAAAUGUCACUCUCGUAUUAUAAAUAAAUAAACAAAUGUAUAAUUUGCAUUUAAAAAUUAGUUGAUUGUUAAAAAUAAUUUAUUUUUAAAUUUAAGGGAAAUGUUGCACCCUAUUUAAAAUAUUUGAAGAAAAGCCAAAUAAGAUCUAGGUUUAAAAAUAUUCGAACUGAAAAUGUAGAAUUUCCAUUUACCUAGUAGUUAAAUAGUAACACGCAAUUCUGUCUCAAAAUGAAAGGUAUUGAAGUGACGUGUUUACAUUUUUGAAAUCCAGAUAUACAUAGUAAUAAGAGUACAUUGACAACUCAUCAUUCAUUAUUAUUCAGAGUUAAGUUCCUGUUGAUACAAGUUGGUAUUUUUUAUUCGUUUGUUUUUAAACGUAGUGUAAAAUAUCUAAAUACGUCAAUAAUAUGUACAGUCAUGGCAACACCGCAUUGCUUUUUCAUACCAAAAAAUAAAUGAUUCGUAGAAUUUAAUUUUCAUUAUUAAAGCCACAAAUAAAUAAAUAAAUUAGUAGUGAAUAACAAAAAAACUACACAUUUAUUCUUAAAAAACUGGUUUUUUUUCCAAAUACGCAAUAACAUUUAACAGUAAAUCACACUAUAUAAUAAAUAUGGCAAAACCUACAAGAAUCCAUAAAUUAACAUUAAAUAUGUAAUAAGAAACAACAAAUUACUACUUUUUUAUUUUACGUAUAAUAUAAAUUACUCUAAGCUGACUGCAUUGCAUGAGAGAAAAAGAACUAUUUACGUGUUGAUGUACAAUAGCAGACUGAAACAUUGAUAACCUAAAAAUAUAGUUUCGCUUUUAAACGCAAAAACCGCAAAGAAACAAAUUGAGUAGUGGUCUGAAUUUGGGUUAAUCGCUCCUGACUAAGUAGGUAGUCUGCUGAUUCUGGACUUCCUACUAGUUAAUCGGGACGUUCCAUUCAGUAUCAUGUUUUAACUAAAUUUUAAUCCGGCUUAUUUUGUUACUAAGGCUCUUUCUUAGGCGGUAUAUCAAUAUAACUUUUUUUACAGAAAUUAACGACGGUAUUUGUAAAGUUCAAAAUCUUGUAUUUUUUCACUACUUACAAAAAAUGGCGGGAAAAGUAUUCAACAGCCUCAAAAAAGUAGCUUUGGUACGGUAUUUUUAAUUAUGAUCAAAUUACAGAUUAGGUAAUAAAUGUUCAUGAUUAACGUGUCUCUUACCGUAAAAUGAAACACCUAAUCUUACCUAGUAAUUAUUCGUUAUUUAGUAAUAAUUUCGUUGUAUUUUAAUCAAAAUCAAUCUUAAUUUCGAAUCUUUGCCAGAAACUUAAAAAUGAUGCUGGGUCAUAUCUCACGAAUUGCUUGAAACUUUUAAAGUAUAUGGAGAUUGAGUCUCUAUGCCUUUUAUAUUUUAUUAUAAGUUCGUACAGAUACUAAACUUACUAUGAAGAUACACUUGAUUUAACAAUUAUAAUUAUUACCACGUCUAUCCGGUUCUAAAAUGAUCUCCCACAAUGUUUCCCGAGCGUUAUCCAGGCUGUUCCAGGCUUUGCUGAUGCCGUUCGCAACAGUGACCGAGCAAAUAGCUUAAACCUGAUCAAAAUAAUUAUCAAUAUAGAGCAAACACUAAUAAUAUAUGACUCUGAUGCUAAGACUAAUAAUAUGUGAUAUGGAAAUCAAAUUAAAUUCUGAUUAACUUUUUAUUCUGCACCUGUAUAUCACACAAAAGACUUACUAACUACUUGCUUUCUCAACUUCUGUUUGGUAGAAAAAGUGAUGCUUCUAAGACUUGCCUAGGCUGUAUUUGAUUGAUUUUACUUUCACAUGUUUGACAAUAAAUAUUAUAUUAGUAUUAUUAGGUAGGUAGUCUCAAGACUAUUAUAUCUACACUUAUUACUGCAAAAAACUGGUUAUUUGUGACUGUGUUGUAUUUUAAUAAAUAAUAAAGACCGUU